ACGUAUAUACUGUCUAAAAUAUCUAAAUGUCAAUUUAUCUCAGCUGGUGAUAUCGUGAAUGAUUUUAAAGUUUUAAGUGUGAAACCUACAUUUUGACCAAUUAAACUAAAAUCGGACGUUACUAUCCACAAUGAACUAUUAUCCAACAGUGAAUCAUCACCAUAUGGUUGGAGAAUCCCAAUUUUAUUACCCUCCUCCCCAUCUUAUGGACAUCCCUAAGCCAUCUACGAAUCGUUUUAUUUACGUAAAACACAAUUUUAUCAAUCCCAACCCAGCCCCUCCGACCAAAGUCCUCGUUAAUCCCCACUUCAAAAAAAAAGUCUUUGUCAACCCCCAGUUCCACGCUCCUCAAACUCUACUCCCCACUACAAAACCAAAAAUCCAUGUAAACCCAAACGUACUGAAAAAUUUUGGAAAUAACGUGCCAAACAUUAAACCCACACCUGUUGUCGAAUCAAAAACAACAACUGUGAUAUCUACUAGAAAUAAGUUAGUGCGAAUUCCUUGCAAUUCACCUGAUACUUCACCUAGAAAACGACGUAAUUCGUUACACACAAAGUACAAAAUCGUGCGAUCAGGUGCCAAAAAUAGCCCAAUUAAUAAGUUUAAGUUAGACAAAAGAAACAGCGUAAAUAAACCUAUUUUGAAAACGGUUAAGAAGAGGUAUGUGUACGUUAAUAGAUUCUUAAGUAUGGACGUGGUGGCGAAAAAUGUGCUCUUGAAGAAAAACUCCAAUUUGUGUAAACCCGGUUUCGUCAACAUUAAUGGCAUCCUGUAUAAAAAAUCUCCAAAUUCGUUAAAAAAAGCGUCUGAAUCUUUACUGAAGCCAAAAUUGACCCUGAAAGCGAAUUCGUUCAAGAGGAAUCAAAGUUUCAGAGUGCAAUCAUCUUCCAAGUACAAAUUAGUGAGAAAAGACACCAAGCAACAUUUAAGUACAUCAAGCAAUCGAAGAAGUUUGGUUAGACGGUACAAAGUCAUCAGAUCCAAGAAAACUCCAGUUAAACCAUCCCCUAGUAAAUUGCGGAAAUGUAACAUCCCGUGUCCCAUUUUCCGAAAAUACGGAAGAUGUCCGGGGAAAACGACAGGCACGUGUUUCAAGUUGCACAAUCCAGACCAAAUUGUGCUGUGCACUAGAUUUCUGCAAGGAGCGUGUCGCAACGAAAAUUGUCUCCUAUCACACAAAGUUUCCCACGAAAAAAUGCCAACGUGUAAAUACUAUCUUGAUGGUUUGUGUUCUAAAGACAACUGUCCCUACCUCCACGUCAAGAUCAGCCCUAAGGCGGACAUCUGCAGGGAUUUCCUGGAAGGUUUUUGCAAGAGGGCGGCAGAAUGCGACAAGCGCCACCAGUUUUUGUGUCCGGACUUUGAGAAGAGUAGGACAUGCGCAAAACGGAGGUGUCCCUAUCCACACGGAAACGUGGUAAGAAAAAAUAGUAAGGUUUUAAAUACGCUUGCCAAGAAAUGUUUCGUGAAAAAAGAGAAAAAGAAGAGAGUUGUGACUGAGUCGCUUGUUAAAGAAGUAUCGGAAAAGAAUCGAUACUACAAGGAUUCCGCUAAAGACUCGUCUGCAAAAUUAGAUUCAGUGGGGGAGCAACCUGUUAUAAAGACAGUUUCGAGGGAGAGACCAAAAUUGGGGGAUUUACCGGCCUUUAUACCACUUUUUGAGGGAACGUGACGAAUAUUUCUUGGCAAUUUCUAGAAUAUUUUUAUUAGUUAUAUUAUAAAUGGAAAAGAAACAAUAAAGCUUUGUAACAAA